AAAAGAUGAAAGAAUGGGAAAAACUGAAGAAGAGAAAGUCAUUACAAGAAGAUCUGAAGAGGAAGGAGAUAUUGCAAGAAAAGAAACGCCAAAAAGAUAUCCAUAUAAGACAAAGGAUGGAGUCGUUGAAGCUAAGCAGGGAACGGGAUAAACUUAGGCGAGAGAGGCAGAGAUUAGAAAGAGAAAGAAUUGCUGCUCAGAGACGAGAAUUUUUGCGAUUAGAACAGUUGGAGAGAGACAAGCUGGACAGGGAGAGGACAGAAAGACUACGGCUAGAACGCCUUAGGUAAAACUAUAUGUAUAUAGAUUGAGAGGGUAAAUUCAUUGUCAUGGCAGUUGUGUUACAGUAUUGGCCCUUGGCUUCAUCUUUCUACAUAGCAUGACUAUCUAACUAUUUAAUG